CAUCGGUGACAUCAUCAUCAUCUUCUUCUACUUCAUCAUCGUCUGCUGAGCAGCACCAUUGUGUGAUCUUUCUUUCAUUGACCAGCUCUCUAAUUUACACUGCGCCAACAUGGACCAGAACCAGGACCAGAAUCAAGCCCAGGCUGACAUGGAGUUGCAGCCCGCGGCGAACCAAGAAGUUCCGACCAGCCAGGCCGAACCUCAGUGUCCGGCUGCGGAUGCUGAUGCGACGGAGGCCGAUGUGAGCGAGGUGGUUCUGGACCAGGACCAGGAGAAACAGCCCAUGACCGGAGCAGGAGAUGCUGCUCAGGCGGCCGAGGGCGAGAAGAACGGCUUCGUGAAGGUGAAGAUGGAGGAGGAGGAGGAGAAGUUCACUGGUCUCAACAAGGAGGAGCUGCUACGAGUGGCGGGAACACCCGGGUGGGUGCGCACGCGCUGGGCGCUGCUGGUUCUAUUCUGGCUCGGCUGGUUGGGCAUGCUGAGCGGCGCCGUGGUCAUCAUCCUGCAGGCGCCACGCUGCAGGGACCUGCCUGCCACCUACUGGUGGAACCAGGGACCGCUCUACCAGAUCGGACGCGUCCAGUCCUUCACGGACGCUGGAAAUCUCAAAGGUGUGCAGCACAAGGUGGAUGCCCUGUCCAAGCUCAAGGUCAAAGGUCUCGUGAUCGGACCCAUCCAUGUGGCGCCGCCGGACGACGCCAUGAAUCUGAGCUUUGAGGAGGUUUCACCCGACACCGGCAGCUUGGAGCAAUUUAAAGACUUGCUGCACACCACUCACAGGAAGGGCAUGAUGGUGGUUUUGGACCUCACACCUAACUACCGCGGUUCCACCGGUGCCUGGUUCUCCAAAGUCAGCGUGACGGUGGUUGCUGAGAAGCUGAAGUCUGCAUUGGUCUUCUGGUUCAACCAAGGCGUGGACGGCGUGCAGCUGUCUGAGGUGGAGCACGUGGCCGCCAUGGUUCCAUCCCUGUGGGCCGACAUCCGGGCCAUCGUCCAGAACGGGACAAACGAGCGUCCCGCCAAGAGAGUUCUGAUGGGCGUCACAGAAAACCGCUCAGCCCGUGACGUCUCCGACCUCUUGUCCUCCACCGGGGUGGACCUCCUGACUUCCAAUGUCCUCCUGCCCGCAGACCUUCCCGAGUACGCUCAGUCCAUUUGGCACUUAUACUCAGCCCACGAUCAGAGCCAGUUGGCGUGGAAUGUGGGGGGGCGGGACGACGGUCACCUGGCCUCGUUGAGUGGCCCGGCGCUGGUCCGGCUUUACCAGCUGUUCCUGUUCACGCUGCCCGGGACACCUGUGCUCAACUAUGGAGAUGAGAUUGGCCUAAUGGAUGAGGACACAAAGUUUCCCAAAAUGCUUUGGGACUCAGAGGAGGAGCUUAACGGGACCCUGCAGGAGGAGCGUGAGCGCCGCAUGUCAUGUCGCAGUUUCUUCCAUAGUCUGAGUGAGCUGCGUGGGAAAGAGCGCUCCCUGCUGUUUGGAGACUUUGUGCCGCUCUUCAACUCAUCCUCCUCGCUGGCAUACAUGCGCAUCUGGGAUCAGAGCACACGUUACUUGGCUGCCGUCAACUGGGCCGACCAGGAGGCGAAGCUAGAAUUGAUCCAUGAGGCCCUGCCCCCGCAGGCCGAUGUGGUCCUUGCCACAAACGUGUCAGUGGAUACCACCAUGAACCCGGCUAGGCUGCACCUGGGUGCCAGAGAGGCUGUGCUCCUCAAGUUUCCCUACGCCGCUUAGAACCUCCAACGCCUCAAAUGUGAUGUCACUGUUAGCGUGUUAUCUGUGUGCUUAUUAAUGUGAAACAAAUCACAAUAAAUAACUAUGUGAGCUUAUAUUGUCAUGUGACCACUUUUGUACAAACAUUUGAAUUUUUUUCCUGCAUUUGUCUCUGCCUACUCACCAGUGAGACCAAAAGCACGUUCAUGUAUUUCUAUUAAUGAUGAUUCAUCACUUCAUUUCUUGAGCAAAGUUUGUUUUGCCCUACAGGGGGCGCAACAACAUGCUCCACAUGAGAACAUCAUCGAGACCAAAAAUGUCUAUGACGUCAUCGACAUCUUUGACCUUGACUCCUCCCGCUUCAGCUUAUAUUUGACAAGACACUUCCUGUGGGAGGAUGCUGCAAGGUUCCCCCUCACACACAAAUGAAUUGACGA